AUGAGCGCUGGAACUGUGGUGAUCUCAGGAGGAGGUGUAGCUGCUGUGAUCCUGCUGUGUAUCAUCACUGUGCUGUGUUUCUGCAGACUGCAGCAUUAUUGCUGUAGGGUUGAUGUCCCUGAGCCGGUCCCUGCUCCGGUGUUGGACGCUCGUUCUGGUAAUCGCUGUGAGGUGUGGAGCGUAGACGGAGUCCCCGGGACCCUGCUUCCGUUGACCUUUAACCCCAGUCCGACCUAUAGCUCCUGUCCCACCUGCUCACACUUCUAUCGCCAUGACGACGUGUGUCUGGAUGUUGCACACAGAGCGCCGGUUCAGGGUCUUACUGCGCUCGGCUCGAUGGUCAUGAUGAACUGCUACACCGACACACACGCCAUCAGCACCGACGUCUGACCUCUGACCCCUGACCCUAGCAACAUCAGGACAGUAUCAGGCUUUCGGUGAUUUUUGGUGUUGAAUGGAGCAGA